AUGGCUGCCUCCACCUACUUCCUCCUCGUUGCUUUUGUAGCAUUGGUCAUUUCUCAGGCCACUGCCUCUGACCCUAGCCCGCUCCAAGACUUCUGUGUUGCCGACAUACACUCUCCGGUGAAGGUGAAUGGAUUUGUUUGCAAGGAUCCCAUGGCAGAGAAGGCAGACGACUUCUUCAAAGCAGCCAACCUGGAUAAGCCUAGGGACACCAUGAAGAGCAAGGUGGGGUCCAAUGUCACUUUGAUCAACGUCAUGCAGCUCCCUGGCCUCAACACUCUUGGCAUCUCUCUAGCACGCAUCGACUAUGCACCCUUUGGUGAGAACCCACCACAUACCCACCCACGUGCCACUGAGAUCCUCACGGUUCUUGAGGGGACCCUGUAUGUCGGGUUUGUCACCUCUAACCCAAACAAGCUCUUUGCCAAGGUGCACAACAAGGGUGACGUGUUUGUAUUCCCUGAAGGUCUCAUCCAUUUUCAAUUCAACCCGGCCUAUGACAAGCCAGCCGUUGCUAUUGCGGCACUCAGCAGCCAAAACCCUGGGGUUAUUACCAUCGCCAAUGCGGUCUUUGGAUCAAAGCCACCGAUUUCAGAUGAUGUCUUGGCCAAGGCUUUCCAGGUGGAGAAGGGGACGAUUGAUUGGCUCCAGGCUCAAUUCUGGGAGAACAACCACUACUAA